AUGUCCUUGAGCUUGAGCACGACCUACUCGCCCCAUACAGCAGUGCAGGACAGCACUGCUGCUCUUGUCCGCCUGACCUCUGGUGGCAGCCCCGUCGACUGCGGACAAACAGUCGAUGCUGGCUCAUUGUUGCCUGUCAGCUUCACCGCGCCUACCGGUAGCGAGUACCUGAUUGAAGUCGUCGCGUCCUCUUCCUCUGCGAUUCCUUUCACCAACGGACGAUGCACAGGCAAGAGGCUGGACAACAAUGUUGGCUCCGUCACCGUCCCUCCCGACGGCACCAUCACCAUCCGAGCCGCAUGGUCAACGUCCAGGAGUGCUGCCAUCUUCAAGUCCCCUGACUGCGUCUACACUGUGAUGCCUUCCCAGGGAUGCGAAGCAGGGCUCUACCUCGACAGCGGGGAGUGUGUCAGCUGCCCCACGUACUCAACUUCCCCUGCUCAGAGCACUUCUGCUGAUGCCUGUCAAUGUCUGGCGGGAUACACGUCCUCCUCAGGCUCCUGCCAAGCGUGUCCUGCAGGAUCCUACAAGCCGACAGUCGGGUCUGAAGCAUGCUCGCCAUGUCCAACAGGCUCCUUCUCGACUCUGACUGCAGCGUCCUCUUCCUCCGCCUGUGUCGCCUGUCGCAGCACAUGCGCUGAAGGGGAGAAGGAGAUCGUCGCUUGCUCAGCCACAACCAAUCGCGUCUGCAUCCCUGCCAAUUGCUCGAAGUGUGAGAUGGGACAGUUCUUGACCGAUUGCAACGUGACAGCCUCUCACGCUGGAACUUGCGUCCAGUGCUCCCCGUGUGCCCUCGGCCAAUACAGAGACGGCUGCGCUGGUAUGUCCGCUGGCGAGUGCAAGGCAUGCCCUACGUCAACAGAAACAUCCGAGGGCGGGUGCUCGGUCGCAGAUCAAGUUUGUGUUCCGAUUGUGAAGUCAGUCCCGACCAUCAACUUCGACGUCACUGUGCUGAUUCAGCUCGCCAUCGUUCUCAUCGACUUCACAUCAGACCUUCAAGCUCACUUCAUCCAUGCUGUCGCCCUCACAGCUGAGACCCUCGACAGCAACGUGAUGAUUGUGAGCAUGGACGCUUCGUCCGGGUGA